GAUGAAAACUGACCAUGAUUCACCAGGACUUGCAUAUCACUUGCACACUUUCGUCUUGACGACAACCGCCUCCCACAACUUCCAAAAGGAAAAGAUUCUACAUCUGGCACGUUAGAUUCUACAAGACAUUCCACAACUUCUUCUACGACGACCCGUCUUCUACCUUCAAGAUGCUUUCCAAGACUCUUACCUUCCUCGGCAUGGCCUCUGCUGCCACCGCCCACAUGGUCAUGACCAACCCGGUUCCCUACGGCAACCCCAACAACAGCCCGCUCGAGGCUACUGGCGCCGAUUUCCCUUGCAAGGGCGCCUCUCCCGACGGCAGUGUUGGUCAGAAUGUUUACAAGGCCGGUAGCACCCAGGCUCUCACAUUCCAGGGCGGUGCAACCCACGGCGGUGGCUCAUGCCAGGUCUCCGUCACCACCGAUCUCAACCCCACUCGCGACUCCGAGUGGAAGGUUAUCAAGUCUAUUGAGGGCGGCUGCCCAGCUCGCGGGGAGGUUGGCAACAUUGGCACCGAUGCCAGCGCUGCUGACCCCUACGAGUAUGACUUUGAGAUUCCCAAGGAGAUGCCUGAGGGUGAAUACGUCCUGGCCUGGACCUGGUUCAACAAGGUCGGCAACCGUGAGAUGUACAUGAACUGUGCCUCUGUGCAGAUCACCGGUGGCUCUGGCGACGACUCCUUCCUUGCUAGCCUUCCCGACAUGUUUGUUGCCAACGUUGGCGAUGGUUGCGGUACUGUCGGUGACAAGGACGUCAAGUUCCCCAACCCCGGCUCAGUUGUCGAGCGCCUUAACGGAGCGACAGAUGCCUUUGCCGACCCCACAGGUUCUUGCGCUGCACCUGUCGGCGGAGGUAAUGGCGGCGCCAGUCCCUCCCAGCCUGAGCCUACAACUGCACCCUCGUCUGUUCCUGAGGACCCCGCUCCCACCUCUGUACCAGUUUCAACCAGUGCGUCCAUUCCCACCGGCCCCAAGCCCACACCAACCAUCCCUGGGGGUGUCUUCAUCACUGUUCCUACCACUGCUCCCGUGGCUCCCACUGCCACCCUGGAGCCUGAGCAGCCAACUCAGCCCGAGGAGCCCGCCGAGCCUGAACAACCCCAGCCUGAGGAGUCUACCACUCCCGAGCCCGAAGUGCCCUCCCCCGGCUCUGGUUCUGGCUCCGGCUCGCAGGCCGCUGGCUCUCCUUGCACAACCGAGGGUACUUGGAACUGCGUUGGUGGAUCUUCUUUCCAGCGUUGUGCCAGCGGUGUCUGGUCUCAGGUCAUGAACCUCGCGCAAGGCACCUCUUGCGACGAGGGCCAGUCUGAGGCGCUCAGUGUUCACGCAUCCGCUGCCAAGCGUCAUAUGCGUCGCGCUCAGCGCAUCCGCUACUAGGUGGUUGCAUCAGUUUCUUUCAGCAGCAUUUAUUAGGGAGACAGGGUUUGGUCGGGGGUAGCACAGGUGUGCAUGAACGGCGGCGUUUGGGUUGGGCUUGAUUGUACAUCACAUCAACAGCAUCGAAGGCUCUUUAAAGAGCAGGUACAUAGGAAAAUAUGCAGACAAAGCUGAAGUCAUUUUC